CCAGCGUUGGUUAGAUGGUUUAGAGGAUUAAUGGCAGAAACUUUACAAUUUAUUCUCAUAUCAGUCCGAACACGACGUCACUGUGAAACUCUCUCUGUCAUACUUCUUCUUUCUGUUUCUCUCUCUCACACACACACACUCACACACACACACACACACACACACACACGUUCCUCACAGCAGAGCGACAGAUUUUUGUGUUUUUUUUCCUUCCUGCUGUUUGGAGGCUCCUCGGGGCAGUCAGAGCCGUGACCAUGCUUGCCGAGACUCAAUCCCAAAGUGAAGAUGAGACCAUGGUCCCUGUACUAACAUCCAAAAGAGCCAGUGAACUUCCAGUAAACGAAGUGGUGUGUGUUCUGCAGGCUGACCUGCAGUUUGGUCUCACUGACUCAGAGGUGAGCAGGAGAAGAGCGUAUCACGGUUGGAACGAGUUUGACAUCAGUGAGGAUGAGCCGCUCUGGAGGAAGUACCUGUCUCAGUUUAAAGAUCCUCUCAUCAUGUUGCUCCUGGCGUCUGCGGUGAUCAGUGUCCUGAUGCGUCAGUUUGAUGACGCCGUCAGCAUCACCGUGGCGAUCAUCAUCGUGGUUACUGUGGCCUUUGUACAGGAAUACCGCUCAGAGAAGUCCCUGGAGGAGUUGGGUAAACUGGUGCCUCCAGAAUGUCACUGUGUAAGAGAAGGGCGUCUGGAUCACAUGCUGGCGAGGGAACUCGUUCCUGGAGACACAGUUUGCCUCUCUGUGGGAGAGAGAGUCCCAGCUGACCUCCGCCUGUUCGAGGCAAUAGAUCUGAGUGUAGAUGAGUCCAGUCUAACUGGUGAGACGACACCCUGCUCUAAGACAGUCAUCCCUCAGCUGGUGAGCGGUGAUCUCACGUCCCGGAGCAACAUCGCCUUUAUGGGGACGCUGGUGUGCUCCGGCAAGGCCAAGGGAAUCGUUAUAGGUACAGGUGAGAGCUCCGAAUUCGGAGAAGUCUUCAAAAUGAUGCAAGCUGAAGAGUCUCCUAAGACUCCACUACAGAAGAGCAUGGAUGUUCUGGGGAAGCAGCUCUCACUCUACUCCUUCUGCAUCAUAGGUAUCAUCAUGCUGGUGGGGUGGCUGCAGGGGAAAAACAUCCUGGACAUGUUCACUAUAGGAGUCAGCUUGGCGGUAGCUGCCAUCCCAGAAGGCCUGCCCAUCGUAGUGACCGUCACACUUGCUCUGGGUGUGAUGAGGAUGGUGAAGAAACGAGCCAUUGUCAAGAAGCUGCCUAUAGUGGAGACACUCGGUUGCUGUAACGUGAUCUGCUCGGAUAAAACAGGAACUCUGACGAAGAACGAGAUGACGGUCACUCAGAUCUUCACCUCUGAUGGACAGCGUGCUGAGGUGACAGGUGUGGGCUAUAAUGGAGCUGGUGAGGUGCUGAUGGACGGGAAGGUGGUUCAUGGCUUCUCCAACAUCUCCAUCAGUAAACUCGUGGAGGCCGGCUGUGUGUGUAACGAUGCUGUAGUGAGGAACAACACACUGAUGGGUCGACCCACAGAGGGCGCUCUCAUUGCUCUGGCCAUGAAGGUGGGACUGGAAAGUGUACAGCAGGAGUUUGUGCGUUUAGAAGAGAUCCCGUUCUCCUCAGAGCAGAAGUGGAUGGCUGUUCGCUGUGUCCAUCGCACUCAGCAGGAGAAACCCGGAGUGUUUUUCAUGAAAGGAGCCUUUGAGAAAGUGAUUCAGUUCUGUAAGACGUACCACAGUAAAGGUGCAUCACUGCCGCUGAGUAACCAGCAGAGGGCACUGUACCAGCAGGAGAAGACCUACAUGGGCAGUGCAGGCCUAAGAGUACUAGCCUUCGCCUCAGGAGACGAAAUGAGUUCUCUGACGUACCUCGGUCUGGUCGGCAUCAUCGAUCCUCCAAGGUCUGGUGUUGGGGAAGCCGUGACCACGCUGGUCAGCUCUGGAGUGUCCGUCAAGAUGAUAACCGGAGACUCUCAGGAGACGGCUGUGGCCAUCGCAAAUCGUCUGGGUCUGUACGCUAAAGGAGCUCAGUGUUUGUCUGGAGACGAGGUGGAUGUCAUGGAUAUUCAGGAGCUCUCUCAGAUCGUCUCCAGGACGGUGGUGUUUUACAGAGCCAGUCCCAGACACAAACUGAAAAUAGUUAAGUCCCUGCAGAGCGUCGGUGCAGUGGUGGCGAUGACCGGCGACGGUGUGAACGACGCUGUAGCUCUGAAGGCGGCUGACAUCGGCGUGGCGAUGGGUCAGUCCGGGACAGACGUGUGUAAGGAAGCAGCAGAUAUGAUCCUGGUGGACGACGACUUCCAGACCAUCGUGUCAGCCAUCGAGGAGGGAAAAGGCAUUUACAACAACAUCAAGAACUUUGUGCGUUUUCAGCUCAGCACGAGUAUCGCGGCUCUCACUCUCAUCUCUCUGGCCACGCUGAUGAAUUUCCCGUCUCCUCUGAAUGCCAUGCAGAUCCUCUGGAUUAACAUCAUCAUGGACGGACCUCCAGCUCAGAGUUUGGGGGUGGAGCCUGUAGAUGGCGACGUGAUCCGUAAACCUCCACGAAACGUGCGAGACAGCAUCCUCACACGCAACCUGAUCGUGAAGGUGCUGGUGUCGUCCUUCAUCAUCGUCUGCGGUACACUCUUCGUCUUCUGGAGAGAGCUGCGGGACAAUGAGAUCACACCACGUGACACCACCAUGACCUUCACCUGCUUCGUCUUCUUUGAUAUGUUCAACGCUCUCAGCUCUCGCUCAGAAACCCGUAUGGUACAUGAGAUAGGUUUGUGUAGUAACAAGACGUUCUGCUUUGCUGUUCUUGCCUCCAUCAUGGGGCAGUUGCUGGUCAUUUACUUCCCUCCACUACAGAAAGUCUUUCAGACUGAGAGCCUCAGCAUUCUAGAUCUGCUCUUCCUGGUCUGCUUGACGUCCUCCGUGUGCUUCGUGUGUGAACUCAUAAAGAUGAUGGAGAGGUGCAGAGGAGGAAGAGGAGAAAAAGAGAAAGAGGAGUGUAACUCUUUCCAUGACGUAUGACGAACGUUGCUUCUCUGUGAGGAGCGCGUGGUGUCGUCUUGUGUCGGGGGCGGGGUUUAGGGGUAUAUCUGUGGGGUUUCCAGGGGAUUCGGGGGGUUUCGAGUUUAUCGGAUUUGCACUGGCUCGUCCACGUCUCGGACUUCAUCUCGGAGCAAAAGGAGAGGUCGAAGGUCAUCCUUUUAUCAGAGUGGAUGUGAGUGCUGAGGGAGGAGCCGAACCCCGUCUCGGACCUCAGCAUGCUGCUUUAAGACUCCACUAUGACUCCUUAAUGUCAACAAAGCUUAUUAAUCAGACUCUGUGGCUGUUGAUGUCUCCUGAUUAUUCUUUUAUUAUUCCUGUCUCUCUCUCUCUCUCUCUCCAGGCUCUCUCUCUGUCUCUCUCUGUCUCUCUCUGUCUCUCUCUCUCUCUCUCUCUCUCUCUCUCUCCAGGCUCUCUCUCUGUCUCUCUCUGUCUCUCUCUCUCUCUCUCUCUGUCCCUCUCUCUCCCUCUGUCUCUCUCUCUGUCUCUGUCUCUCUCUCUCUCUCCCUCUCUCUCUCUCCCUCUCUCUCUCCCUCCCUCUCUCUCUCUCUCCCUCCCGCUCUGUCCCCCUCUCUCUCCCUCCCUCUCUCUCUCCCUCUCCCCUCCCCCUCUCUCCCUCUCUCCCCCCCUCUCUCCCUCCCUCCCCCUCCCCCUCUCUCCCCCCCUCCCCCUCUCUCUCCCUCCCUCGCUCUCUCUCUCUCUCUCCCUCUCUCUCUCCCUCUCCCCCUCUCCCCUCCCCCUCCUCCCCUCUUCCUCUCUCUUUCUUCCUCUCUCUCCUCUCUCUUCCUGUUGCUGGUUGUAGUUUUGUGGAACAAUAUGGAUGAUGCCUCUUUUACAUUCUGGCAACUCGCACUUAAAUAAUCAUGUCAGCUAGGCAUGUGUCAAUAAUAUUGGUUUUCCAUCAGUGACAGAUCCGGUACAUAGACGUGAAACGCAUUAAUAUGAUAAACUGUAAUGAGGAACACGGUCACAUGCCCCACCCUGUCACCCCAGUGCCACAGGAGAGAUUUAUAUAUAUAUAUAUAUUAUAUCCUGUCUGACACGGCCGACCACUAAUUUAUUAUUAUUAUUAUUUCUUCAAACGGUUAAAAUUGAAACUUUACUCCCAAGAAGGCGAUUAGACAAUAUAUCCUAAGCAUUAUUUCUGCACUGUUUCACUGAGACGGAAGUGACGACACGUUCAGCACUGAGAUGAAAACAAUCCUGUAAUGAUUUUAAACCGAGCUUUAAAGCGGAGCAGCUAAAGUUACUACACCGUGAUGUUUAUUAGAAACAUUAAAUCUGCCUGGAUUUAAAUCCACAGAGGAUCAGAGACGUGUCUCUGCACGUGUCCACGUCUUUAACUGCCACUUUAUAAGGACGACGUAAAUGAUGUCUGACUCGACCAAAAUGUUUACUCUGAAUUAAAAUAUCCUCGAUAAUAAGCUCAGAAAUAACUGACGUGUUAUAGUUUAUUAUAUUAAGUGUGAACACUGGAUCUUUAGUGAUGAAUGUUAUUGGACGUCAGUCGCUUUUAAUUUCUAGCAGUUUGCUCUGACUCCUCCCCCACCGUUUUGGCCCCGCCCCCACAAACGCUAAUAGUAAGGUUACAGUGGAAGUAACACAGUUAGAAACUCUUACUGCUACUUUACAAAUUUAUACAGAAAUGUCAUUAUGGAGGAAAUAUUUUGGCUGAGAAAAACGUCAAUAAAACGUGUCUGUGUUUGGAGUGAAGGACAACAGCACUGGGUGUCACUGGGUUCUGAUAUGGCUUUGCUUUAGUUUUGUUUGGGACUUCUGUAGACCAGAGUGUAACCCUUUAGUGUGUGUGUGAGUGUGUGUAUGGUUGAGGAAGUUAUCUGUUUUUUUUUUCCGACAAGAUUUUUUAUCAGUUAGCAAUGCUAUCAGUUACAUUUUUUUUAAUCCUAUUGUUAUUUAAGGUUUUUUUUUAUUUUAUUUGAUCAAAACCAUAAAUUUACGCAGCAAACUAAACAGAGUAAAAGUCAAACUCUCAGUCGAUGUAGCUGCUGUUACUGCGCACAAGCCGAAGAGCCCACACACUGAUUACAACCAUCCUCAUUCCGUUGAUGAUGUAAAUGUCUGUCUGUGGUCCAGGGGAUUAUUGGUGAUGCCUAGUUGACAGCAGCGAGCAGCUCUUCUCAGCUCCACACACCUUUCUUCAUAUUGAGGAACGAUACACUGAAUUUGUGCAGUCUGUUAUGUUGUUAUUUCUUUCCUCUUUACAGCAGUGUGUUUAAACGCUACCUUUGUUCUUAUUCACCAAUCACUGAAGAAGUAGUGACUUUGUUUUACACCAUGUUCUUGGGUCAGUGUAAGUGUUUAUUGGGUUUUUUUUUCCCCUGAGAGUGAACUGGUCACAACCGAAAUGGAAUUUGGGUGUUAUUAUUAAUUUUUAUUAUUUAAUUUAUUUUCAGUUAUGCACAAUUGAAGUUCAUGAUCUGUGUUUGCUGUUUCACAACAUGAUUGUACAUUAAAAUUUCUACAAAUCUUUAACAGAA